CUUAGGGUUACCAAUUCCAGUGAAUGAAUGGAAGCUAAGAACCAAAACAAAACUUAAAUUUUUUUUGUCCGCAAAGAAACGAACAUAGGAUAAACAGCAUCCUGCAACCCACAGUUCAAUCAUCUGGGUGUUGUCGUAAAAGCCGUACACCCUAUCAAAAACUAAUUUUGGAAUUGGUACACCUUAAGCAUGAACGAUCCGAACAAAGUGAUAAAUGUUAAUCUUUCCUCUUUGCUAAGUCUCAAGGCGGAAUUAUUGCGAAAGCAGACAGAGGCCAAAGCAAAACUACAACAGAGAAACUCAAACCCACCCUCAGCUCAUAGGCUAGGCAAUGGAACCCUUGAAGAUGAUGAUACGAGCCGAUCUUACCGAAAAAAGGAUAAAAAGAAAAGAGCCAAAGAAUUAGACAAGGAUGAAAAAAGAACGAUUUAUGAACACGAAGAUUCCCUACUGCUGGAGAAAUCCCAAAAGGUUUUGGAGGCCAAGGCAAAGUUUUAUGAGCGAAUGUCCAAGUCUGGGGGAAAUCUAAACUCGGAUGACAACUGCUUGGUGAUGUUUAACAAAAAGAAACAAGAAGAAUCUACCACGGAAGUUACAGCAAACCCAGAACGGACAUUAACCGAUAGCAGCAAUGCAAGUAGUAGCGAUGAAGACGAACCUGCCGAUGGGGAUUGGGUAGAGUACACCGAUUGUUUGGGACGCACUCGUAAAUGUCUUAAACAAGAUUUGGAAAAUGCCAAACGUCGAGAUGCUGAGCUUGCAGCCAGUAUGCCGGAACGCUUAGAUCAAACCAAAGCCAACUGGAUGAUAGAUACAAUGGGAACGCAACAAAGCGAAAAUAUUGGGGAUGAAGAUGAAGAUGAUAUGAUAGGUCCUAUGCCCCCACCAUCCCUCUUUGGCGAUGGUUUGUCCAUGAUGUCCAAACAUGAAGAACAAAAGGCCAAUUGGGAGCGUAAAGAGCAAGAGAAUUUAGAGAAGACCGAUGUGCAUUAUCAGGAUGUGUUCUUCGAUGAAGCGCGCCAACAUGGUGUAGGCUAUUAUGCCUUCUCCACGGAUGAGGCCGAACGUAAGAAACAACAAAAAGAAUUGCUAAAGGCAAGAGAAAAAACCCUGGAGGAACAACAGCGUAGAGAAACUUUGCGUGCUCAAAGAGAAAAAAUUAUAGCAGAACGUGUAUUUGCAGCCAAAAAUAGGCAAAGGGCUCGUUUGGGUUUGCCGCCUCUUGAAAAGGAGGAAGAACCUGAAGAGACGGAAGAAAAAUUGCAGGAGACAAAGGAGGAGCGUAAGGCACGCAAGAAAGCUGAAAAAUUGGAAAGAAAACGCUUGAAGGAAGAAGAAGAAAAGGAAAGAGAACGUCAAGAACACAUACGACCUUGGGAUCAAGAAAAAGAGGGAGUCAAAGGUAAAACCACCAACGGCGAGGAUGAAGCCCAGGGAGAAUGGCAAUACAAGCCAGAACGUGAACCUAUGACACAGGAACAAUGGAAUGAAUACAAGAGAAAUGAACGAAAUUCUGAGUUUGCCCCACCGCCGGAUAUACCCUUAAAGCGUACAAAUUUUAGAAGCACGCAUAACACAGCGUUUUACAAUAACGUUCCACCACCCAAUAUGAUGGGCUAUGAGGAACCAAUGCCUUCAAUGUUUAAUAUGUAUCAAAGCUCUAGCAAGAAAGAGAAGACAUUUAAAAGAAGAAAUUAUGAGGGACCCAUGGAAGAAUUACCUGAAAAAGCAAGAGAAGGAGUUUGUAUACCACCACCAUCUAACUUGGAAGACUUUUUCUUGCCUUCCCAUUCAAAGAGACCUAAGACGACUAAAGAGGUGGAAAACUCUAUAGAAGCUGGUCUAAGAUUUAUACGCGAUAAUUGCGAUAAACAAAUGCCGGCCACCAAAUCCUCUUGGACAGCCAAAGCGGACUAUUGAAGUUGCUGUAACUUACCAAUGUUUUUCAUAAUAAAUCAAUAUGUAAUCCUUUGGUUUUCUUUUUCAAAUUUAUUUUGUUUUAGACUAAACAUUAUUUAUUGUCUGUAUAAAGAUUUAAAUAGUAUUUUUUGUAGGAUGUAUUAUUUAAAGUUUUUUUUUUCUUGGCACUGAAGAAGAAUGUAUCGAAUGAUGCAAUUGUUUUCUUUUUUUUGACACAAUAAUAAUAAAAAUUUCACGAAACAGCUACAACUAUUAGCACAACCAAUAAUAUACAAAAAUAUGAAGCAAAAUAUUUUUUGUUUAGGAAAGAUCGAAACCUUUUUUGUAAAAACUUAAAAAGUCGAAUCCUGCACUUUUUAUAUUGCAAUUUUUAUAAUUUGAAUAUCUAACAUCAAAUUUUUCCAAGGUAAAAUAUACUUAUGCUAAAUGGAUGAUAUUGUUAUAUGAGCUUUUAAUUAAUGUUGAUCUUUUAUUUAUAGGAUUGAAAGAUAUUCUGUUUAUUUGUAAAGAAACACAUGGCCUCUGACUUGUGUACAUCUACAACCCUGGAAGGAA